GACCUUACAGAGGGGAUCUAUCUGCUGGGUUCUGAGCAGGGGCUGCAUUAAUGCCAUCUUUCAGAUGUUUCAGGUAGACAUUAGUGCUCUACAGAGAAGAUUUUAAAUUGUUAAUGUCACUGAACUUGGCAUCAGAUUUGGUUAUUUGAUCUGCCAGAAGUGUUUGAACUGGAUGCACAGAUGUACGUACUUAUUGCAAAUACAGAAGGAUUUAUAAACAGCCGGACUUUUAACUUUCAGAAAAUGCUGAUGUUGGUUUUAUACUGGAUGAUACAGAAGAUUCAGAGAAAGAGGAUGGGCUGUUGAUGCUCUCUUGAUUUUGAGAUAAUGGGUCAUCAUUUUUCUUACAAUUCAAUUACAGCUGGCUACAAUUGUUUUUUAAAGAUAAUACAUUAAUUCUGAACUCAUUUUUAUGCAUCAUAGUACUGUAAAUGUGCACAAGCGAUAAAUACAGAAGGAACUCUUAUGGUAUUUACUUUACAAGUAUGGUCAUGAAUGAAGGGAACAGUUCUGUAUAUGACAGAGGUAAUGAAACUGUGGUGAACCAGUUUGAGCAGCCCACCUGGCAGGUUUUUCUCUGGGCAUUGGCUUAUUCUGUGAUUGUCAUUGUGGCGGUUAUUGGUAAUGUAACUGUCAUCUGGAUUAUUCUGGCACACAGAAGGAUGAGAACAGUGACCAACUACUUCAUAGUUAACCUCGCAUUUUCUGAGCUGUCCAUGGCUACCUUUAACACUGUCUUUGGAUUUAUCUUUGCUAUCCACAAUGACUGGUAUUUUGGCACAGGCUACUGCAGGUUUCAGAACUUUUUCCCAAUUGCCGCAGUGUUUGUCAGCAUUUAUUCAAUGUCAGCUAUUGCUGUGGAUAGGUAUAUAGCAAUUAUACACCCCCUCAAGCCACGUCUGUCUUCCACAUCCACCAAGGUAGUAAUUGCAUUCAUCUGGAUGGUUGCUUGUGGACUUGCCUUCCCACAGUACUUUUAUUCCAGUGUGGAGCAUUUUCAGACAAGGACUGUCUGUUUGGUGGACUGGCCAGAAGGUGUUGGUGGCAGGCAUCAGCUCAUAUAUCAACUAAUAGUGAUUAUACUGAGUUACCUCCUGCCUGUGUCGGUGAUGUUCUGCACAUAUGGUAUCAUCGGAACAACUCUUUGGGGUAACCCUAUCCCAGGAGAUCCAGCAACAAGAAUCAACUACCAACAUCAAAUAAAAGCAAAACGAAAGGUGGUAAGGAUGAUGACCAUUGCUGUGAUAACAUUUGCCAUCUCUUGGCUUCCAUACCAUUUGUAUUUCAUAUUGGGAAGUUUCAGAAGUAACAUAUAUACAGAGAAAUAUAUACAGCAAGUGUACCUGGCCAUCUUCUGGCUAGCCAUGAGCUCUGCGAUGUAUAACCCAGUUAUCUACUACUGCCUUAACCAGAGAUUUCGAUCUGGCUUUAAGUGGGCUUUUCGCUGGUGUCCUUGCAUAAAAGCAACAGGAGAAGAUGAGCUUGAAAUAACAACAACCAAAGCCUUUCGAAUGACCCGCAGCUACCGUUCCAACACAGUGCCCCAUGCUAGUGUUCGACAGAAUGCAGACAACGGAGAUGAAGUCAAAAGCAACUGUGUGUAACAUAAAGAGAAAUGUUCUUUUAUUCUGUAUGUGAUGCUACUCUUCAAGAGACUGUAUUAACAAAAAUGCUAGAUAUUCUUUUUUAAAUCUGACUACUUCAGGAAGUAUGUAAGCUUGUAUUAAAAAAAGCAAAAAAACUGCCUGAGCAUUCUUUUGGUAAUCAUAAAACUAUCCAUAUCCAGUAGUGAUAAGGUCAAUAAAAGGUGCAACUCAUAAAUGUCAGCAUUGUAUAAUGAAGUGUCAUAGCAGUAACAAUUGUUCAAGGUUGUCAAUACAUUUCACAGCAUUAUGACAAUGUGCAUUAUCAUUUAGGUACAUCUAAAUGAGUGGCACGCGCACACGCACACGCACACGCACGCACACACACACACACACACACACACACAC